AUGGUCAACAGUAAUAGGUUGUUAUUGAUUUUUUCAUUAUGUUUUCAAAUAGUUAUAACACAAUUGUUCUUUCAUAUAACAUAUCCAAAGAAGUUAUCAUAUACAUUCCAAAUGCAUCCAUCAACUCAUAUUGCAGCUCCAUUUCCACGAUAUCCAUAUAAGCAUGCUCUACUUACAUAUGCCUAUCCAUCACAUGGUUGCCAACCUUUGAAAAAUCGUAUUGUAAACAAUCAAGUUGUUCUAAUCGAAAGAGGUGAAUGCUCAUUCUUGAAGAAAGUACGUAAUGCUGAACGUGCAGGUGCUGUAGCUGUUCUUAUGACUGACUCUAAGAAUGGAGGUUAUGAUGAUUAUGUAGAAAUGAUAUCAGAUGGUAGUGAGCCAAAGGCGGGAAUACCUGCAGCAUACAUAGUUGGAGCUAGUGGUCGACGUAUUAGGGAAUACUUAUUCUAUAACAACGAUUUCGUUGAAUUAACUAUUCCAAUCAAUCAUUCUCUCACAAUGAUUCAUGAUAUUCAUAGCAAACCUCCUUGGGAGCUCUGGUAG